GGCAGCCAGUAAGAUGUUGUACCUGCCCGGGGAGCCAGGCAUGCGCCCUGCACACAGGAAGCUGGCAGGGUGUCUGAGAGGGAUGCGUUCCCUUUAAACGCCGGGGCCGGGAGGAAGGUGUGUGGGUGACGUCACGGCCGGCGGUGCGGACGGAUGGCCGCCCUCAGGAGCUUGUCAGUGAUGGUCGGGGCGGCUGUGGCGGCGCUGGGCUCGGUCCUGUACAUCGCAUGGAGCCGGUAUUUCCCCAGCCAGAGGAGGAGGAGGAGGAGGUACCUGAUGGCUGACACCAUCAGACACAGUGAGGAGGUCUGUAUGGGCUCAGUGAGCACAGAGCCACUGCCAUCACUGCUAUAUACCAUGUACUGAGAGGGCUACACUGCCAUCACUGCUAUAUACCAUGUACUGAGAGGGGCACACUGUCAUCACUGCUAUAUACCAUGUACUGAGAGGGGUACACUGCCAUCACUGCUAUAUACCAUGUACUGAGCGGGGUACACUGCCAUCACUGCUAUAUACCAUGUACUGAGAGGGGCACACUGUCAUCACUGCUAUAUACCAUGUACUGAGAGGGGCACACUGUCAUCACUGCUAUAUACCAUGUACUGAGAGGGGUACACUGCCAUCACUGCUAUAUACCAUGUACUGAGAGGGGUACACUGCCAUCACUGCUAUAUACCAUGUACUGAGAGGGGUACACUGCCAUCUCUGCUAUAUACCAUGUACUGAGAGGGGUACACUGCCAUCACUGCUAUAUACCAUGUACUGAGAGGGAUACACUGCCAUCUCUGCUAAAUACCAUGUACUGAGAGGGCUACACUGCCAUCUCUGCUAUAUACCAUGUACUGAGAGGGCUACACUGCCAUCUCUGCUAUAUACCAUGUACUGAGAGGGGUACACUGCCAUCACUGCUAUAUACCAUGUACUGAGAGGGGUACACUGUCAUCACUGCUAUAUACCAUGUACUGAGAGGGCUACACUGCCAUCACUGCUAUAUACCAUGUACUGAGAGGGCUACACUGCCAUCACUGCUAUAUACCAUGUACUGAGAGGGCUACACUGCCAUCACUGCUAUAUACCAUGUACCAUGCACACACUGUUAUAGGAGGGAUAUACUGGGGAUGAUAUACUGUUGUUGUAUAUACCAUGUCAACAGUGGAAGGAAGCAUGCCCUACAGCUUGCAAUGCACAUGCCAUUAUAGUAGCGUUCACCACGGCUUGUUAUCAAUGCAAUGUUUUGUGGACUCAGGACAUACUUGAAAACGAGAGAAAUCUCAAUGUAUCUUUCCUGGUAAAAUAUUUUAUAAAUAAAUAAUAUACACAUUAUAAUACAAUGUUCUAGGAGGGAUGUUACUUUCUUAUUCCAAGAAAAAAAACACAAGAGCUGAUGCUUUUAUUAUAUUUUUUUUUUUAUUUUACAUUUUUUUUCAAGUGAUCAAAAAUAAUUUUCAAUUUCAACAGCUUUGUUUACUUAUUGUUGGUAAAUUUACUGAAAUGACUGACAUUCCUGACAUGUAAAUGAUUGCAAACUGGGAUAUUAGCUGUGUGUGUGUGUGUCUGUCUAGCAAGCUGUAUGCAAUGAAGCAAUAAGACAAGAGAGCUCAUAAAGUGAGGUUAUUGAGGGUUACUAUGCUUUCUGUACAUAAGCCUUCUAUUUACAAUGUAAGAAAACAUUCUAACAAGUCCGCUCACUAAAAGAGUGUGAUGUGCACGGUCCUAAGUUACUAAAAUGGUCUUACUGAUCAAUGUGCAUAGGGCAAGGCUACUGCACAUCUAACCUUUAUCUUUAGCUUGUCAGCUGUCUUUGUGAGAAAAGGAAAAAAAACGAUAAAGGGAGAGUUUAGACCUACCCCCAAGCCAGCUAUUUUCUUUGUGUAGAAAGACUCAUUAACCAUUACAAGACCCUUGUCCCCUGCACAGAUGUGCCCCGCACCAUUCUCUGGGUAGAAAGCCUAAUUCUUCUUCACUAAGCAGUUCCCUUAUCUGCUGCAGGAAGUGACCGGCACUAUUCUGCCAUCUAUCUCUCUGAUAAGUCAGGGCUUGUUAACUUUUUUUUUAAUUGGGGAACCCAAAUUAAACACAUAGAAUUAUCUUUCUAAACCGGUUCGUCAACUGUUGUUGUUGUUGUUAUUAUAAUUAUUAUUUAUAAAGUGCCAACAAAUUCUGUAGUGCUGUACAGUUAUCGGAUGUAUUUACUCAACUAGAAAAUAUGGAUGGGGAACCACAUGUUUUUAAGACUUAAUGGCUAAAUUUUGGUCUACAUUUUACAGUUCCCUUCAAAUUACCAUCAAAUCUCCGAAAUGAUCAGUUCACUGAAUAAACCUUAAUACAUCCCUCCACAAAUAAUGAAUAAAGAGCCCAUUUAUAACACAUGCUAGAUGUAUUCUCACACAUGCUAAGGGUUGCAAUGUAUCUGAAAUAGUUAGGUAAGCUCACAGACACUGUUAUUACUGUAACUCCAUUAUAGGAUAACGGUGCAAAGGCUCACAUUAUACCCCAAAAUGUGUUUAGGUCUCUAAACAUGUGGAGAUUACUUUCAAAGCCCAUUUAAAGGGUUACUCCAACCACCAUUACCACAUCAGUGAUUUGAAGUGGUCAUGGUGGUAGUAGCCUGGAUGUGCAGGGUUUCUGUUUGAAAUACUGCACAUUCAGAGUUAUUUGCACUUUUGUGCCUGGGGUUAGUUAAACCCAUAACACGUGCCUAAUAAAAUUAGCUUCAUCCUCCUGAACCUCGACGUUGCUUUAUUUUUAAUUUUUAAUCAGAAUUCCCUAAUUUCCUCUCAAAAUUUUACUCUCCUCACUAUACUUGCUGACUCUCAGAUUGAGUGCAGACACUCUCAGCCGUCGAAACUGUCCAAUUAUAGGCUUCUCUGUGAGAAACCCGUGACUGGAACGUGGAAGGCCCCCUGCUGACGUCAGGCUGAGAAGAGAGAUUUGCACUGGGAGCUUUGCCCGACGCUGGUUUACAGGUAAGUGUCAACACUAUUGAUAUAAUUUUGUUUCUUUUACGUUUCAAAUGCCAUUGUUAGCCUAAACAGUCUAAUAGUGGCAAAGGGUUAGAGUAACCAUUUAAAGGGUGAGUUGUAAACAAAAAACUGUUAUAGAGCCGAAAGUUCUAAAGGAUCACUAAAGACCACGUUAUCUCUUUUAAGUGGUUUGGGUGCAGUGGUCUUGUCAUUUUAACUCUUCAACUUAAAAUAGAAUUGUUUUGUAGAAGCAGCAAUGCAUACAUUCAUUAGUUAAAUACACCUCAAGUGGCUUCUAUCUACAAAAUAAUUAAACUCAUUUCUGCAAUCAAAUGCUGCCCAUUUGUUUGGGAGAGUGCAGCAUUUGGCUGUGCAUGUUUAUCUCCAGUGCUUCUCUGUGAGAAGCAUUGGAUUGGACUAUUAGAUUAUUGGUAAGCAACCUUCGGCAGAUGUUGUUGUGGAAUACCAGGUUGCCACCCAGCCAGUAUUUUAUGGUAUUUCUGGAGAUGCAGUGCACAACAUCUGGAGUGCCUACCAGUAGAUGUUAAUAGGAAACUCUGCCUCACAAAUCAAAGCUGUGCUCCAAUUUUGUUCCGGAAGAAAAAAUAUUGUGUAUCUUAGCUCAUUUCCCUUUAACUUCCCCUUUUAAAUGGCUUCCUGUUUCACAAUCCAUUGCGUGCUGGCACGAGCCAUCAAAUAGUCUGUGCAUUGUGUUAAUAUGGCUUUUCAUCCAAGAACAAAUGUCCAAAAUAACUUACUACACUAACUCUUUCAUGCAGGGGAAAUCCAGGAUUAGAUUGUAUUGACAUCUUCACCAAUCUCAGCCCCUGACCUUAUGUUCCCUGAUCAGUGCCCAUAGUGCAGUUAUUAUAAUGCAUUCCACCGUGCUGUCUCAACACAGCCAGAAUGUGCAUACUGCUGCAGAUCUUUAAACCAGAUAGAAAAUAACCAUUGUCACAAGCGUUUGAUGGUGGAAAACACAGUUUGAUUUUUUUUUUUUCCCUCUAUUCAUAUCAUACCCUUUUAAUAAAAGCUAAAAUUGUCUAGAUUUAUAAAAAAGGAUGUUGUAAAAAAAAUUUUUUAAAAAAUUCCUUUCUCCGAGUGGUGUUCAAGCACAUCUAUGUGAGUAUGUAUGUAUUUAUUUUUAACAAUGGACUAUGUUCUACAAAACAUACCUAAAGCGACAUUUAGGAUGACUGGAUAUCAUUGGAGGGGAAAUGGAACCCUUAGAUAGACCAUGGUCUUACUAUGUCUAAGUUUUAUUCUACUAUACUCUUUUCAUUGUUUGUAUCUCUCCAAAACAGAACUAUCUGGAUCGUCAGAUUCUAGUGCUCGGUUUGGAUGGAGCCGGUAAAAGCAGCAUUAUACACACCAUAAGCACCAAUACCACAAGGUCCCAUUCAGCCCCAACCCAUGGCUUUAAUUCUGCUAAAAUUCUCAGCCAAGGACUGAGGAUCGAACUAUUAGAGGGUGAGUAAAAUAAAUAUAUAAUAGCAAAUAUAUAUUAAAACUGUACUUUAGCUCCAUUCCUUGGAGCCAUACCACUGUGCAAACUGGCCACUUUAUUUUUAGUACAAAAUCAUAGAGUGAGCAACCGCAAAAUUAAAACCACUGACAGGUGGAGUGAUCACAUUGAUUAUAUUGUUACAUUGACAUCUGUCAAGGGGUGGUAUAUAUUUGGCAGCAAGUGAACAGUCAAAAAUGGGCUAACAAAAAAGUCUGAGAGACUUUGACAAGGGCCAAAUAGAGAUGGCUAAAGGACUGUGUCAUAUAUCAUAUCAUAUCCAAAACUUCAAUUCUUGUGGGGUAUUGGGUUAGUACCUACCAAAACCCACUGAGCAUCUGUGGGAUGUGCUGGAGCAACAACUCCGAUCCAUUCAGGCCCCACUUAGAAACUUGCAGGACUUUAAGGAUCUGCUGCUAAAAUCUUGGUGGCAUAUACCAGGACACAUUGAGAGGUCUUGUGAAGUCCAUGCCUCAACACAUCAGAGCUGUUUUGGCAGCAAGAGGGUAACCUACAUGAUAUUAGGCAGGUGGUUUUAAUAUUGUGGCUGAUCGUAAAGCGUAUUGAAAAGGGGGAUAAUUGUGAAAUGUAAAGGAUGGUCUGGAUGAUCUUCAUUUAUAUGGAUAAUACAUAUAAGAAUGCAAAACUACAACCAUUAGAAAUGCAUGAAAGGACCACUAUAGGCACCCAGACCACUUCAGCACAAUGAAGUGGUCUGGGUGCCAGGUCCAUCUAGGGUUAACCCUGCAGCUGUAAACAUAGCAAUUUCAGAGAAACUAUGUUUUACUGAGGGUUAAUCCAGCCUCUAUUGGCUGUGUCACGGACAGCUGCUAGAGGCGCUUCUCACUGAUUUUCACAGUGAGAAGACGCUGGACGUCCAUAGGAAAGCAUUGAGAAAUGCUUUCCUACGGACUGUUUGAAUGCGCGCGUGGCUCUUGCCGUGAAUUUGCAUUCAGUGCUGAGAGAGAGGAGAGUUUCCCAGUGCCGAGGGAGGUCCGGCGCUGGAGAAAGGUAAGUGUUUAACCCCUUCAGCCCGGAGGGGGGGGACCUAAAGACCCUACAGUGCCAGGAAAUCAAGUUUGUUUUACUGGCACUAUAGUGGUCCUUUAACAAAUACUUUUUGUAAUGAAUAUGUAUGAGAUCAUAAUGCUUUUUGAGCAUCUCAUGGCUUACCUUUUGAUCUGUUGGGGGUAAUCUUUAAUACUCUUGGGGUAGAAGCACCACUUAAAUGCUACAACCAUACAUAAUCCGGGGGUCUGAAACCAUCCUAGAGUGCAUUUUUAUGAUGUCAGGAUUCUUGAAUACACAUAAGUUUAUGCUUACUUGAAUGGUUUUUGGUACGAUAGAAUGUUUUUAUUUCAUGGCUGCCCCAUAGUGCGAGGCUAAGCUUUUUUUUGUAUUUUUUAUUAUUAUUAAACUUUUAUGUAUUCUUUACAAAAUACACAUGGAGCGUAUAAUACAGGUCAUCUUUUAUUUUAGGCAAAAAAAUAAAAAUCCUUUUAAGUAAAGCUUUACAUUGUAGGAGAGACUACCUCCAGUGCCUAUUUCCCAGACGCACUUUAUCGAUUCACAGGGAGUUUAACGCUCUGCAAUGACGCUGUGUGUGUCCUCGUGCAAACUGUAAUAACGUCACUAUACCCCCACUCCCUCUAGAAUGUAAGCUCAUUGAGCAGGGCCCUCCACCUCUCUGUUCCUGUAUGUCGAGUUGUCUGGUUAAAAUUACAUGUCAGUCCCCACGGUGUACAGCGCUAUGGAAUAUGAUGGCGCUAUAUAAAUAAUAAUCCAGUGUCACUCUAGUGUUAAGAGUACAGUUUUGUAUUCCAAACACUGUAGUAUUUCUUUAAAAGUUAUUCAAUACUGAAUGGAAGGACUGCACAAAUGGACUUCAGACACUAUAACCACUUUGAGGGGGUAGCCAUAAGUAAUCCUAUUAAAAAGUCUGGAAAGUGAGUUCCCUUUAUCUGUGACCUAUAGUGAAUCGAGGCAAAAAUAUAAAAUUACCUGGGAAAUCUGUCUUCAACUUUCUAGAAUUCAGUGGUUGGUGAAUACUGCUGCAUUUCUUCUGUUGGAAUUGUUGAAAAGCUGGGAAUCUCAGCAGUAUUUUUGUGUGUGUGUGUGUGUGUGUGUGUGUGUGUACAUUUGUGAGAAUUUUGCAAAGUUUUGUAUGUAAUAUAAACUCUCAUUGUGUUUUGGACAGUUGGGGGUAGCUAUAACCUUCGUACAUACUGGCACCAGUAUCUGAAGAAUGCCCACCUAAUGGUAUUCGUAGUGGAUUCCACAGAUGACAUUCGCCUGUGCUUGGCUAGACAUGAAUUGCACCGCCUUCUGGAAGCCGCGCCCCAGCUUCCUCUGCUGGUGCUGGCAAACAAGCAGGUAAAAGUAUAGAUUUAUAAUAAAAAAAACCUGCUUUUUAAAUGAAGUUCAAACCCCCCCCCCAUUUUACUACUUGUGCGGUAGGUUGUGGUGAUUACAUUACCUAUAAUUAUAGGGCAGUAAUGGCUAACAUUGACACCAUAAAUUGUUUCUGGACUACAUUUCCAGUGAUGCUCAGCUAGCUUCUAGAGUCUAAAAGCUAGCUGAGCAUCACUGGAAAUGUAGUCUAGAACCAAUUUAUAGUGUCAUGGUUAGCUAUCCCUGCUACAGGGGUUAUUUAUCAAAAUAGUUGAUAGUGAAUUUCACAUUUUAUGCCACAGUAGCUCUCUUGGAAAAACAUUUGAAUUUAGCCAUAUUGACAUUAAGUUUUAUUUAUAUCAUUGUCUAACCAUAUCCAGGUUAUUCACUAAAGUGAAAUUCAAAUUUAAGGUCAAAAUAGCAGACCUGGAAAGAAGAAAAAAAAAAAAAAUUUAGCUAUGCUUUUAGCUCAGUUAGUCUAGCCUUAAAUUUAAAAUUCACACUUUACUAAAUAACCCUGUGUGUAGUAAUGGCCAGGCAUCCCACUGCAUUCCUUAAAGGGACACUAUAGGGACCCAGACCACUUCAUCACAUUGACAUGUUCUGGGUUUCAGAGAAGCUGUAACGUUAUUAUAGGGUUAAAGGGACACUCCAGACACCAAUACUACUUUUGGUAGGUUUUGCCCUCACUAUUACACUAUAUUUGCAUGCUGAAUUAUUCAAUACUUUCUUAGGGGGAAGCUCUCAUCAGGAGGGGGAGGAGGUAACCCUUUCAACAUAGAUGAACAUAUAAGGGAAUAGAGUUUUAUAUUCCUUUACAACACGCUCGAGUUUUAAAGUGUGUUUAUGAAGACCAGGAAGUGGUAUUAAGACAGUCAGCAUACACCUGUGCUAUGAUGUUCAGGAACACUUCUCUCUCUUCCCCAGGACAGAGAUACUGCACUUAGUAUCUCCAACAUUCGCACGGAGUUGUCAUUACACCAGACUGCAGGUCAAAGAGAAGUGACAUUAUUAGGUACCAGUGCCAUCUUAGAUGGUGUUGGCCAGAGUACCUCCUUACAAAGUGUAAGGACUUUUCUGGAGGAGAAACUACACACUGGAAAAGAAUGGACACCAUCUGAGGUCAACCAUGAUCAGACUGCCCUAUUCCAACCCUCACUGGACACCAACAGAUGACAUUUAGGUUCUCCGAGACGUCUAGACCUUUUAACCAGUCUCCUGUAUAGAAAUGGUGCCAUUCCUUAUCCCAACCUGUACUCCCACACAGAGUACAAUGCUUGACAGCCCUGUGGGAGAGGGAUGCUUAAGGUUUUUAAAAAUAAAAAUAAAUAACUUAUUUUAUAAUCUAGGGGAAAAAAACCAGGGCAUUAAAAUGUUUUGUUUACUAUUAUUUCAAUUAAGUUUACAGUGACGUGAACUAGAGUUAGGUCACGUUUGCACCAAAGUGGCAUUAUAGUCCUGGGACUGAUACACUGGAAGCUGCUACAGAUAACCCACUCCAAAGAGGGCUGCGUUUUUCCCCUCCAUUACAAGUUGCUAUGUGGUUCCACAGUUGGAAUGAGUCUUUCUUCCUUCUUCGAAAUUCUCUUCUGCUGAUUUGGUAUUAUAACUCCUUGUAUGAUAUGCACAUGGUAACAGGAUAAUCUUAAUGGUCCCAGAUGCCAACUUUGCCAUCCAUGACAUGAUUAUGGGCCCUCAAGCAGUUAAGAGUCCUUGAGGACUAGGGCUAAGCUUUCUUUACAGAAGAAAGAAGAGCCUCAUAAUCCUUGAGAUGGUGCUGUUUAUACAGAUUGACUUUCCUCUUGAUCUGUUUGGGUGUAUCUUGGUAAUAAUUCUUCUCAUCUCGGGCCAUUGCCUACAGGGAUC